AUGGGCGCCCUCUCGUCCCUCCUUGCGAGCAGCAUACCUCUCUUCACCCUAGCUGCCGGCCUGCGGAUCCUUAUGCUCCUCUGCGGCCUCUGGCAGGACGCAAACUCGCCCGUCAAGUACACAGACAUCGACUAUCUCGUCUUCACCGAUGCCGCCAGGUUCGUGGCACAGGAGCAUCCUCAGGGCCCGUACGCCCGCGAAACGUACCGCUACACGCCUUUGUUGUCGUGGAUGCUGUUGCCAACGACGUGGCCCGCGGCCUCUCGCUCGCAGGCCGUGGCUUUCUUCUCCUCCGGCAAGGUCUUGUUCGCGGUAGCUGACCUGGUAGCGGGUUGGCUGAUCGUCGAGGUCCUGACCAUGCAAGGGCCCAGGAGACUGGAUGCUGCCAGGGCCAGGAAGUAUGCCGCCAUUUGGCUUCUUAACCCCAUGGUCGCCACCAUCAGUACGCGUGGCAGUUCCGAGGGCCUGCUGGCCGUCAUGGUCAUGGCUCUCCUGUGGGCCGUCUUGUCGCGAAGGGUCUCCCUUGCGGCCAUGCUGCUGGGCUUUGGUGUGCACCUCAAGAUUUACCCCUUCAUCUACGCGCCUGCAAUCAUCUGGUGGAUGGAUGACGAGAGGAUGAGGGCAGGGAAACCGUCCUCUUCCUCUCCUUCCUCCUCCUCGUCGUCGUCACCCCUGGACGCCGCCGUGGCAUUCCUGACGGCGUCGAGGCUCAAGCUCGCCGUCCUCAGCCUGGCCACCUUCUUUGGCCUUAACCUUGCCAUGUACGCCAUAUACGGCCACCCGUUCUUGCUCCAUACUUUCCUCCAUCACGUUACCCGCAUCGAUCACCGCCACAAUUUCAGUCCGUACAACAUACUGCUGUAUCUCACCUCUGCCGAUCCUGGCGCAUCGGGCUUCGGCAUCGAGUCCGUCGCCUUCCUGCCCCAGCUUCUCCUCUCUUGCGUUCUGAUUCCACUCGCCAUGGCGAAAAAGGAUCUUUCGUCCACCAUGCUGGCACAGACAUGGAUCUUUGUGACCUUCAACAAGGUUUGCACCAGCCAGUACUUCCUCUGGUACUUGAUACUGCUUCCUCUUUAUCUUCCUCGGUCGUCUUUCCUCGAGAGGCCGGGACUGGGCCUCACUGCCCUCGCGCUGUGGGUCUUGACCCAGGCCGCCUGGCUGCAGCAGGGUUACCAACUUGAGUUCCUGGGCCAGAGCACCUUCGUGCCGGGGCUCUGGGUCUCGGCCUUGGGCUUCUUCCUAGCCAAUUGUUGGAUACUGGGGGUUAUCGUGGGAGAUGUGGCUUAA